AUGUCAACCCAGAAUAACUAUAAUAACCACGAUUAUUUAUCGUCCAAUCCAAUCUCAUCUUCGACUUCAACCACAACGUCCAAUCAAUCUGGUUCUUCGGCUACCAUACCUUCCUUAUUACCUAUGCCAACUUCAUAUUCAAUGGACCCUUCAAAAUCAAUCAUACAAAAUAGUACAAGCCCUCAUGCUGGUAAUGCUAAUACCGUCAACAACCCUUCAAAUCAACCUCUUCCUUCAAUAUAUAUGAUGAAUAGUAGUAAUACAACCUCGAGUCCAACCACCACAAACAGUUAUAAUCAAGCAAUCCAACCUCCACAACAACAACAACAACAACAACCUCCACAACAGCAACAACAACAACAAUAUCUUCAUUAUCCCGCUAGAAAUUAUUUACAACCUCCAAAUCCAAAUGAUUAUUAUUAUACUUCUUAUUAUUAUCCUGGAACUCCAGCUAAUGCUGCUGUCGUAGCUAAUCCAAAUAGUUCUAAUCCAGUUAAUAAUACUGCUAAUAAUUCUUCUAAUAGAUUGGUUUAUAAUACUUUACAAACAUUCUCUACUACUCAUCCUCCUCCACCAGUAUCAACUUCAGCUCCAACUGCUUCAACCCAUUAUACAACUGGUUCAAAUAGUUAUUUACCAAUCUUACCUUCUACUACAGCAAAACUUUCUAAUGGUACUAAUUCAUCAUAUCCUAUAAGUCCAAUAUCAAUUCAAGAAAUAAAUAGAGAUCAUUCCGCUUCAGCUUCUUCGUCAUUAUCUUCAGCUUCAUUAAAUCAUCUUCACCAUCAACAACAACAGCAACAACAUCAUCUUCAUCAUCAAACGUACCUUCAAAGCUAUCAACAUUCAACCAGUAAUUCAAGUUUCACAUACCAUCCUCCGGAAUCUCAUCAUGAUUUACCGAUCGAUUAUUCAUCAAUCGUUUCAUAUACAAUCUCACCAUCUUUAAAGAGAAAGAGAAGAAAGAGAAAGGAUGAAAGCCCCAAUGGUACCACCACCAAUUCUAAUUCUGAAUCAAUAAAUUCAGAAAUAGUGGAAUCAUAUCCUUGUGAAAUAUGUUCUAAAGUAUUUCAAAAGCCUUAUAAUUUAAAAUCUCAUAUGAAAACUCAUUCAACUGAAAAACCAUUCAAAUGUUUACAUUGUUCUAAGACAUUUGCUAGAUCUCAUGAUAAAAAGAGACAUGAAUUAUUACAUAAUGGGGUAAAGAAUUUUAAAUGUGAAGGUUAUUUACAAGAUGGAGUUACCAAAUGGGGAUGUGGGAAGAAAUUUGCUCGUAGUGAUGCCUUAUCAAGACAUUUCAGAACUGAAACUGGAUGGUUAUGUAUUAGACCAUUAAUGGAUGAAGCUAAACGAUUAGAAGAAUUGAAUAAAGGAAAUGAUAAUCAUUCAAGUCAUGUGGUGAUUAAUAAUGGUCUUCCUCCUAAUGUAACUCUUCCUCAUCAUAGUAAUCUUCCUCAACUCCAUCAAGCUUUGGCUCCUAUAAACUCAAGUAGUACUACAUCUUCGUCGUCUCAACAAACCCAACCACCACAACAACAAUCUCAAUCACAACUGCAAUCAAAUGAAGAUUCUAAUGAUUUUGAUAAUUCAAGCUUUGUAAGAAAGUUAAUCCAAAGUAAAUAA